AUGGCGAUUUCCAUGGUCGAAAGCGACAUGGAAUGCGGCGGGGAACAUGUCACAGUCCGUCAGCCAUCAGUUACCAUGGAUGGGACGUGGCCAGCCCGCAGAGUUCUCUGUCUUUGGAUCUCGAUCUGUGUCUGUCUCUGUCGUUGCUGCGUUUCCGCGAAGAAUGAGAAAGUCUUCGACUACUGCGGAGAGGAUGUCUGCGUUGCCGGCACGGGACCCCACCUGGCCUGCAAGCAUUCACGGGCAUUCGACAGCGCAAAGUGUCCGCCGGGCGCAAGGCUGCUGAGGAUUGACAACUCGCUGGCCCGCUUCAUCGUCAGGGAGCACAACGUGGCCCGGAAUCAGGUGGCGCGUGGCACCUUCCGCAAAUUGCCUCCAUCGCGACGCACCCUAACCGUCCGCUGGGACGAGCGACUGGCCUGGCUGGCAGAGCUCAGUGUGAUGAAGUGUCAGCUGGAGCGACACACCUGUUUCGGGUCGCCCUCGUACCAGAUGCCGGGACAGAACGAGGCCUACAGCAAGUUCCGCGGCGAUCAGGACCAUCUGAAGGUGCUUCGAUCCCAGCUGAGGGCCUGGAAGGACGAAUAUAUAUACGUGGAUCUAACCACCAUUCUGGGUGGCAACAAUCUGACCAAACAGGAUGUGGGACACUACCUGCAGAUGAUCACAGCCUCGGUCGAAGGCUUGGGCUGUGCCAUGGCGCUGUAUAAAAAAGAUGGCUGGACCUACCACAUGACGAAGUGCAUCUACAGCUGUUACCACGACUGCCUUCCCAUCUACCCCACGGGCGACUACCCGGGACAACACUGUCGCUUUGGCGUCAACGACGCCUACCAGUCCCUGUGCUCCGAGAGAGAGCAUCUCAUGUGCGACGAGUCCGACUGCUGUGACCUAACAGAUCCAAAGAGCGCUUCAGAGGACUACCCUCUCGACGAGGAUAUAGCCACUCGCUACAGGAAAUUUGCCUUGCAAUCGAAGCCCGGGGCCAGAUCCAGGAAGGCUACCUACCGUCAGGUGUUGGAACAGAGAGCAAAGAAAGGGACUAAACUGAAUCAGACAACACUAAAGAAGCACCAGCUGUUCAGGACUCCAGCGAGGCAUCCUUAACGACAGACAGAUCAAAUAAAGAAUACAAAAUUGAUCCAUA